UUUCUUUUUAAUUCUCUCGUCCUUUGCAAAUACUUUAUUAUUUUUCCUCUUUUAUUACUCUAUCAUUUCCCGCAAUCUGCACGCAACAAUGGCGAAAAAAGUGUUUGGGCUGACGACAGUCGACCAAACCUCGCUUCUGCGCAUUGCCAUCCUCGGCCUCAUUUCGCUCGUGGCCAUCGGGUCGCGCCUGUACUCUGUGAUCCGCUUCGAGUCAGUCAUCCAUGAGUUUGAUCCCUGGUUUAACUACCGCACGACGCGCUACCUCGUCGACAACGGCUUCGACAAGUUCUGGAACUGGUUCGAUGAAACUGCAUGGUACCCGCUGGGCCGCGUCGUCGGUGGCACUCUGUACCCGGGCAUCAUGGUGACCUCGGCAACAAUCUACAACGCGCUGCACUUUGUGAAUAUUCCUGUGGACAUCCGCAACGUCUGCGUGUUCCUUGCGCCGGCGUUUUCGGCCCUGACGGCGAUUGCCACGUAUCAUCUCGGCAAGGAGGUGAAGAAUGCCACAGCGGGCCUACUGGCGGCGGCAUUUAUUGGUGUCGCGCCCGGGUAUAUUUCACGCUCAGUUGCCGGCUCUUACGACAACGAGGGCAUUGCCAUUUUCCUGCUGGUGUUCACCUUUUUCCUGUGGCUUCGCUCGGUCCGGUUGGGAUCGGCGCUGUACGCGGCGCUGACGGCGAUAUCAUACUUUUACAUGGUCUCGGCGUGGGGCGGCUAUGUGUUUAUUAUUAACCUGGUUCCGCUCCAUGUGUUUGCUUUGCUGCUCAUGGGCCGCUACAGCAACCGGCUGUACGUCGCCUACUCGACGUUUUACGCCAUCGGCACGCUAGCCAGUAUGCAGAUUCCGUUUGUCGGGUUCCAACCGACUUUCACCAGCGAGCACAUGGCAGCGCUCGGUACCUUUGGGCUGAUCCAGCUGGUUGCAUUUGCCCACUUUGCGCGCACGCUGGUUCCCCCGCAGCAGUUUAAGAUACUGCUGCGCGGGGCCAUUGCCACGCUCUGCGUCAUUGGGCUCGGCGGGCUUGUGCUGCUGACCAUGAGCGGCGUCAUUGCGCCCUGGACCGGCCGCUUCUACUCGCUGUGGGACACAGCAUACGCCAAGAUUCACAUUCCCAUUAUCGCCUCUGUUUCUGAGCAUCAGCCCACGCCCUGGCCCAACUUCUUCUUCGACCUCAAUAUGCUGAUCUGGCUGCUUCCUGCCGGAAUCUACUUUAGCUUCCGUGAGUUGUCUGACAACCACGUUUUCCUUAUCCUGUACUCGCUGUUUGCCUCGUACUUUGCUGGCGUCAUGGUCCGUCUCAUUCUUACGCUCACGCCUAUUGUGUGCGUGAUGGCCGGUAUUGCACUGGCCAACGUCUUUGAGAUAUACCUGAACCUUCGCGAUACUAGGGCUAUUGCAGUGGCAGACACAGGGGCAGACGCGCCCAUGGCAGGAAAUCCCGGCAACUCCGCGCCCGCCAAGGGCCCUGCCAAGACCAUCGACGCCAAAGAUGCCUCAUCCGUUUCGUCAGUGUCCGAGAAAUUCGUGCACUCGUCGCCCGCUUUCAAGCGCUUCUACGCGUAUUUCCCAAAGAUCGUGGUGAUGGCGAACUUUUUGUACUUCCUGUGCAUGUUCCAGUGGCACAGCAGCUGGAUCACCUCAUCGGCGUACUCCUCCCCAUCGGUGGUUCUGGCAUCACGCGCGCCCGACGGCUCGCAGCACAUUAUUGAUGAUUUCCGCGAGGCCUACUACUGGCUGCGCAUGAACACAAAGCCUGACGCCAAGGUCCUUUCCUGGUGGGACUACGGCUACCAGCUUGCUGGCAUGGCCGAUCGCACGACGCUGGUGGACAACAACACGUGGAACAACACGCACAUUGCCACGGUCGGCAAGAUCCUGGCCUCCGACGAGGACACCGCAUAUGACCUCGCGCGCCACCACGACGUUGACUACGUCCUGGUUGUGUUUGGCGGCAUGCUGGGAUACUCUGGCGACGAUAUCAAUAAGUUCCUGUGGAUGAUUCGCAUCGCCCAGGGCGUUUACCCGGACGGAUUCAAGGAGGCGGACUUUUACAACGCAAAGGGCGAGUAUGCUAUUGGAGAUAGCGCGAGCCCGACUAUGCGCAAGUCGCUGAUGCACAAGCUCUGUUAUUAUCGCUUUGCCGAUGUCAUGGGCCCGCAGGGUUUUGAUCGUGUGCGGAAACAGAAGCUUCCGUCGUCAGUUACCCUGGAUAACUUUGAGGAAGCAUAUACGACGGAGAACUGGAUGGUGCGCAUUUACAAGGUCAAGGAUUUGGAUAACCUUGGCCGCGACCAUCACGCUGUGUCUGCAUUCGAAGGGCCGCUUUACAAAAAGGCACCAUACUAGCAUUUAUUAACUAUUUGCUCAAUAAAAACACACAAUUCGAACC